AUGGCUUCGAGAUUGGCUAAGAGUGCCAUUUGCGCCGCCCGUGUCCGUCCGGUCCUCUCUUCCCGCACCAUCCCAGCGGCUGCCACCACUCUCACAUCAACCAGGUCCGUGUCCAAUGUACCCACCGAGGACCCUAAAACCAAGGCCCAGUCCAUCAUCGAUGCUCUUCCAGGCAACAGCUUAGUGUCCAAGACCGCCAUUCUCUCCGCUGGAGCCGGUCUCUCCAUCGCCGCCAUCAGCAAUGAGCUCUACGUUUUCAGCGAGGAGACCGUCGCCGCAUUCUGUCUCCUCAGUGUCUUCGCCGGUGUGGCUAAGAUGGCUGGACCCAUGUACAAGGAGUGGGCCGAGACUCAGAUCCAGAAGCAGAAGGAUAUCCUCAAUGGCGCUAGAGCCAAUCACACCAAUGCCGUUAAGCAGAGGAUUGAGAACGUCAAGCAAUUGAGCGGCGUUGUUGAUAUCACCAAGGCCCUUUUCGAGGUGUCCAAGGAAACCGCUCGAUUGGAGGCGCAGGCUUAUGAGUUGGAGCAGCGCACUGCUCUCGCCGCUGAGGCGAAAAAGGUUCUUGACUCAUGGGUGCAGUACGAGGGGCAGGUUAAGGUCCGCCAGCAACGCGAAUUGGCACAGACCGUCAUUAGCAAGGUCCAGAAAGAGUUGGAGAACCCCAAGGUCAUUCAGCAGAUUCUGCAACAGAGCGUAACGGAUGUUGAGAGUAAGUGCAGUUGA